AUGAAAAAAUCCAUGUUCGAUGCUUAUUUGAACCGUUUAAAGCUGUUAAUCGCUUGGGAAAAAUGUCGGGAUCCAUAUGUAGGAUUGAGAAUAGCUGAAGUUGGAUUUAAACCACCUUACUUGCAAUGCGUUGAUUAUGAAAUGAUAGCAUUGGCAGUACUGCGGCUGUUAAUGAAGUACGCAUACAAUACUAAGUUUGAGUAUGGUAAGUUUACCAUAGGUUAUGUCAUGAAAAUACCAACCGGAGCUGUUGCCUAUACAAUUGGUACUCCUAUUUCUUUAAAUGAUAAAAGCGGGAAUGUUGUUCCUAACGUGGAUGUAUAUGCUAAGAUCUUGAAACUCUUAAUUCAAAAAGCAGACGAUUACGAUAAAGCACUGCUAUCAGGUAUAUUCAUUCGAAUUUAUCUUAGAGGUAUGCAGGAUAAAGAGGUACCUCUUAGCUCCGAUGAAAUGGAUGCCAUAAUUCUGCAAUUAAUGAAUGUCGGCAUAGAUGGUUGUCGUGAACCACAAGAAGUGGAAGCUAUGGAUAGGAAGAGUCGUUAUCCCAAUCAUAUACCUGCACUCAAACCUACGACUAAGGAAAGGAGGCCUUUCAUCGUCGCUGAUAUGGAGACUGUUCUAAUCAAUAAUGUUCAUGUGCCUUACGUUGCGGGUUUCAUAGCGCUUAGGUCGGGUGAAGAUAUCGGGGAGUAUUCAGAUGAUGGCUUUGUUAAAUAUUUCAGUGAAGAUAGCUGCUUCUUUAUAGAUGAAUUUAAAGACAGGAGUGAUCAUAUGUUGUUCAUCUUUCUAGAGUAUUUAGCAAUGGUUACUGCUCAAAAUCAGAUUCAAACGAUUUACUUCCAUAACUUCUCACGAUUCGAUGGUAUUCUAUUAAUGAAAUAUUAUGCUUCUUAUCCAGAUAAGGGAUACACCAUCAAACCUCUCAUGAGGAACCUUAAGCUUUACGAGUUAUCAGUGUAUAUGGGAAAGAAACGACUAUUCCGUCUAAGAGAUUCAUACACUCUGCUACUUAGUAGUCUGGCUACAUUGGCUAAGACUUUAUGCCCGCAAUUAGGCUCUAAAGGAUCCAUCCCACAUGAUGAAGUGCGAGUGUCGAAUCUUAUGGAUCUUAGAGAACAACUCUUGGAUUAUAUGAUAUAG